AUGACAGACUGCGAACACACGUUUACUAAGACGGGGAGGCAGCACCAGCCACCUGGCAACGAGACUGACUCCGACAUUGAUGAGAGGGAACCUGGCAUGUUUGAUGGCGAAAUUGCCCAGCUGCACGCUUCCAUUAUCACCAUCAAAAACACAGUAGUGGCCAUUAUUGCAGCUUGGACUGUCAGUUCACUAAAUAAUGUCACUAGAAAUCUGUUUUUGAUAGAAUAUUCAUAUGAAAAGUUCGGGAAAGUCUUGAUGGAAGAUUAUUGCACUGACGUUGGCUGGAUUCCAAAUUCGCUGUGUGAUGAUUAUGACAGAGCAUACAACGCUGUGGUAUUUGUUUCAGCCGGUUUGACUGUAAUUUCCUCGUAUACUGGAGUUGUAAUAGCAGCAAAGUCAGCUUCUACAGAUAAAGCAUCUGCCCUGAAAGCUCGUAAGACACUUCUGCUGCACCUAGUUCAGCUGGUCCUCAGUCUGUCUUAUACCUUUUACUACCCACUACUCUUAGCUCUUGCAAAGAUUGCAGAAAGAAUAGUAUACGUAUGGGUACAGAAUAUUUUUUAUGUGCUUUUUAUCAUCUUACCCAGAUGUUUGACUUCUUUAAUUUAUGGUCUAAGAGAUCAGACCAUCAGGCCUGUUCUGUUACGCCAUCUAUUUUGCAGAUGAAAAUUUGUUUGCUGAUAACUCACGUUUUGGUCAGCAUUUUCAUAAGACUCCGUAUUUUGAUGGGUAAUCUGACUAUGAAUAAGGAUGGUAAUGGCAUUUGUCUGCCGAUUGAUUUGCUUCUAACCUGAGCAAAACAUUUAUAUAAGUUACCUACUGCAGCUUAAAGAACCUUUGCAAUCAGAACCUCAUCUAAGAUUUUUCUAAUGCCAAAAGUAGCUUUAAUAUAAUCAUUUUUAGAUUGUUCACAACAAAUUAAGUUCCACGAAUUAAAAGUUGUUGAAAAAUUGUUUAUUGUGGAAUUAAGUUUGUCCUGUUUACUGUAUCUAUUGCAAUUUUCAAGAAGUGGGACUUAAAUGAUUGUAAGCCAUGGAGCAUCAAAUUCACUUCUUUUGUAUUUUUACAAUUAGAUUAAAGAUUUGAGAAAUCUCAGUUAAGUAAAAGUCCACUUCUUAAUUUGCAUAGCAUAUAUUGUUCUAUUUAUUGAGAUGGAUUCUGUACU